CAGCAGGUACAACGAGCAGACCAGGGAGCAGGAGCAGCAUAGCCACGCAGGAUAGUGCCUAAUCGCUCUCCUGUCGCGUCCCCCCUAGGCGGCGCUUGGGAUAUCUUCGUUUCGCCGAGUCCCUGAAAGUCGCUUCGGCUGAUUUGCGAGCGUCGCGGCGGUUCUGCUUCCGUCGCACGCAUCCUUCGCUGCUCUCGCCCAGCUCGCUUAUCUCCCUCGCUCCUCCUCCCCCAAACGGGGCUUUUCCUUCCAGCCUAGCCAGAUGCUGCGUGUGACCGCUCCUCCGUCGCGCUCUCUUCUCGCUCCGGAGUCCCUAACAACAGCAGCGAAGCUCUCGCGAUCGCUCACUACCUUGCAGCCCCGUGCCGCAGCAGCACCGAAGCCUUCCAGUCGCCGUCUUAUUAGUACCGGUACGGGCUCACCGGAUCGAUCGUUCUUUCUCGGCAAUCGUGUCGCAUCGCCGUCCUUAGCCGAUACGCCGAGAGUCGCAGCCACAGCCUCAGCUACAGCGUCGCUUCGUCGAGCUCUCACUGGCUCCUACGCUAGCUCUUCCUACGCUACUAGGUCCUACAAUCGUCGCUACUCCGGCAGUUCCGGGAUCCAUUCACGCCGGGCGCGUUCCGCUCCCCGUUCAGCCGCUGCCGGCGCAACCGCCGCCAUGGCUACCAAGUCCGCGCGAGCCGCGGAGGCGCUGCAGCGCGUUAAAGACGCCGGCCUGUUCCGCGACCAGUGUCUUAUCGGGGACAGCUGGGUGGGUCCUCGCGACGCGGCCGACGGCGCUCCGGCCGCUACUAUGGACGUCGUUAAUCCCUCUACGGGGGACGUUAUAACGCGUAUCCCGAACCUCGGGUACGAGGAGACGCGGCAGGCGAUCGCCGCGGCCUCCGCGGCGUUUCCUGAUUGGUCGUCUCGCACCGCCAAGGACCGCGCCGCCGUUCUCCGCAGGUGGUACGACUUAAUCAUCGCAAACCGCGAGGAGCUCGCGCUGCUGAUGACGCUGGAGCAGGGGAAGCCGCUCGCGGAGGCGCGGGGGGAAGUGGACUACUCCGCGGGAUACGUGCAGCUCUACGCGGAAGAGGCGACGCGCGCGUACGGCGAUAUUAUCCCCGCGCCGCUAGCAGACAGGCGGAUUCUGGUCCAGAAGCAACCGGUGGGGGUAGUAGCCGUAAUUACCCCGUGGAACUUCCCCCUGGCCAUGAUUGCGCGCAAGGUCGCUCCCGCGUUAGCCGCUGGCUGCACGGUCGUCGCUAAGCCGUCGGAACUCACGCCGCUCUCCGCGUUCGCCCUCGCUGAGCUGGCUGUUAAAGCCGGGGUGCCCCACGGAGUGAUCAACAUAGUGGUGGGCGACGCCCCUCCUAUAGGCCAGGCAAUCAUGGAGAGCUCGGAGGUGCGCAAGCUGAGUUUCACGGGGUCUACCGCCGUGGGGAGGAGAUUAAUGGCGGGUGCAGCGGCUACUGUGAAGCGCGUGUCUCUCGAGCUCGGGGGCAACGCGCCGUUCAUCGUCUUCGACGACGCUGACGUGGCAGUCGCGGUGAAAGGGCUGCUGGCGGCGAAAUUCCGCAACGCGGGGCAAACGUGCGUGUGCGCGAACCGCGUCCUGGUACAGGCUGGGAUCUACGACGAAUUCGUGGGCGCGUUUAAGAACGCCAUGGAGCAGCAGCUCAAGGUGGGUUUCGGGCUGGAGGAGGGGGUCACGCAGGGCCCGCUGAUCAAUGCAGCAGCCGUGGAGAAAGUGCAGGCGCAUGUGGACGACGCUAAGAGCAGGGGAGGCAAGGUGCUGCUAGGAGGCACCCGCGCCCACCCGACCUACCUCUCCGCUCCUGCCGGCGAGCUCCCGGAGCAGCUUCCUGGAUGCUUCUUCCACCCGACGCUUAUAGUCGACGUCCCCGCAGACUGCCUGUGCUUCCAGGAGGAGACCUUCGGCCCCUUAGCCGCCGUCCACAAAUUCUCUACGGAAUCCGACGCGCUGCGCAUAGCCAAUGAGUCAGAAUUCGGCCUGGCUGCGUACGUGUAUUCGGGCGACAUGGGGCGGUGCUUCAGGGUGGCGGAGGGGCUGCAGGCGGGCAUUGUGGGCGUGAAUGAGAGCGCGAUCAGCACCGAGGUGGCGCCGUUUGGGGGCGUGAAGCAGUCAGGCAUGGGCCGCGAGGGGUCCAAGUACGGGCUGCAGGACUAUAUGGACCUCAAGUAUGUGUGCCUGGGGAACCUCAAGUGAGAGAGGAGGGGGGGGGGGGGGGGGAGAGGGGCGCUGAGAGCUUUGAGGCGGCCAAGAGGGGAUGGGCCUGGAGGGGUCCAUCCCCUCAAAAGGAUGGCUGGGAUGGGUGGCGCGGUACGGGCUGCAGGAUUAUAUGGACCUCAAGUACGUGUGCUUGGGGGGCAGUGGCUCUGUGCUGCUGCUAUGUUGUGCUCGUGUAUGGCAGAGCAGGAUGUGCUGUGGGGGAUGUGCUGUGGGGCUGAGGCUCUGUGCUGGUGCUCUCGUGCAAGCAAGUAUGGGAGUUUUGCUUGGCUCACUGUUCGUUUUCCGGUUGGACCACCUUGGUUUAAUUUCUGUCAGUAGCCUCCUGCCCCUGACCUGUGGAGCUUCGUGUUGUGUUGCUAUAGGCUUUUUGCUGUUGCCCCUCUGUUGUUCAGCAGGCAUGUAGUUUGGAUUUCUGGUAUUAAUCUACAGGUUUCGCACCCAUUGCAGCCAGGGUUCCUGCUAACUUUUAGGGCAGUCUGAGAAUCAGACGGGGUACGAGAGUUUUGUCUGACCAUCAUAUGAGGUGUUUGGCUUGGUCUAAAAUUUCAGAUGAUGUAUACAGCCUUAUCUGUGUUUGCAGAUGAAAUUUGCCUCCUGAA